AUGACGAUGACUAAAGUAUCCUCAACCGGACGCAGUAAUCAUUCGUUAGGUACAAAUAGUUUUUUAAUCGAAGAUAUUUUAUUAAAAAAUGCAACAGCCGUUUUAUCAUCACCUCCAUUGGAAUCAACAACGGAAUCACAACCAUCUGUAACAACAGAACAAUUAUCAACACCAUCAUCAUCAAAUACAAAUUCAUCACGUUCACCUUCAAAUAGCAAUACUCGUGUUUUAAAUGAAAUUGCACCAAGAACAAUGACUCAAUAUCCAGAUUUGGCCUUAUCAUUAUUUUCUCCAAAUUUUUUUCAACCACCAAAUCAAUUUAAUCAAUAUGCAGCUAUUAAACCUGAAUUACAUCCACUCUUUUUUCAUGGUUUAAGUUUUCAUGCUUAUUUGAAUAGUGAACAUUCAUUGAAACAUUGUCGUCGAAGAAAAGCUCGAACAGUAUUUAGUGAUCAUCAAUUGAAUGGUUUAGAAAAAAGAUUUGAAGCACAAAAAUAUUUAAGUACACCGGAACGGGUUGAAUUAGCAAAUGCUUUAAAUCUUAGUGAAGCUCAGGUUAAAACAUGGUUUCAAAAUCGUCGAAUGAAACAUAAAAAACAAGCACGUCGAGCUGCUCAUGAUUUAUCGUCUAAUGCAACAAAAGAUCAACAUAAUAUCGAUGUACAAUCGGAUGACAUUGAUGUUGUUAGCGAUCAAGAAUCGAGUACGAGCUCAUGUAAAUAA